GUGAGCUCUUUUUAAUACAAUGUAGCAGUAGUAAGACCUAUAGUGAACAUUUGCUGUUGAUAUUGUGACGUUUUUUUUUUCAUCCAGACAUCAAUCAACGAAGUGAUUCACCAGUUUGGAUCAUAAUUCUAACACGCCGGCACAGUCAUGUAUCGUCCAUUCAUCGGUUGUGACGUGUUUUAACGUAGUGAUAAUAACUUUUCUCACUAGGUAUAUGUAGAAGUUAGCGGCAUGAAUUGAACUUGUGCAAGAUUAUUGCAAAAAAACAUCUCAUCGUUAUCGUGCGUUUGUGUUGUUGAUAGAUAAGACCUGCGAGAGAAUUUGGCGAUAGUAAUACACCACGUCUAAGUGAAACCAUUUGUCAGUGAGCUAAACGCUAAAGAUACAUAUAAACUGCCUCCAGUGACUCUUGUUUUUUUUUGUAAUCGCUGAACGUGUGAACAUGAGUGGCUCCAGGACCAAGAUUCUACAAAAGAUAGCGAGCCACGGAAGCGAUGUCACGUCGGUUGACUUUUUUGGAAACUCUCUACUAGUCAGCGGGUCAAGCGAUAAAACUGUUCGAGUGUGGCGAUGGAUAGCUGGCAGUGGAUUUUGCCAGGAACCUUUUUCGCCUCUACAAGGACACAAGUACGGAGUAACCUGUGUACGUGUAUCCCCGAAGGGCGCUGUGCUGGCAUCGGCUUCAGUGGACGGCACCGUGAUCCUGUGGAAUCUUGCUACCGGCGAGGAAACACACGUCCUAACGCAGCAAGGCAGUGAAUCAAUUCGUGCGUGCGUUUUCAGUCCGAACGGUGCCUCGAUUGUCAGUUCCGAUGAUAGCGGAUCCAUAUGCGUCUGGGGUUCAGAUAAGAAUCUCAAAAGGUAUAUGAAGAUUCAUGACGAGGCAAUUCACACCAUUGCCUUCUCCAGUGAUUCGAGCAUUCUGCUGACCGCCUGUACGCUCGGGAACGUUCGAUUUUACGCUGUCGAGGAUGAUUUUGAAGCUGAAAUCUCGAAGGCAGAUUGUAUGAUCGAUGCGGCUCACGACAUGGGUGUUCUUUCCGCCGAUUUUUGCAAAAUGAUACAUGCCGAUCCCACCGAUAACUGUUCGCUAAUUUAUACGGUAGCCACCUGCGGAACGGAUCAUUUAAUCAAAAUCUGGCGUCUGUUCUACAUUCCCGCCAACGUAGACCGAAGCCGAAAGUCUCGCCUCAUACCGACGACACCUCAGGAACACUUCGCCGGCCAGUCGACCAUUUACAGCACCGCCGUAAUGAAUGCUAGCUGCGUUCAAGUCAUUGCAGCUCACGGCAGUUCGGUCACCUGUGUUAGGUUUAACAGUACUGGUACACUCUUGAUAUCGAGCAGUCUUGAUAAGAAAAUUAAAAUCUGGAACCAACAGGGAACAUGCUUGAAGACGCUUUCCGAGCAUACGCGCUACGUCAACUGUCUCGCUGUCAACAGUGAUUCAUCGGUGAUCGCGUCCGGAUCCAACGAUCGCACGGUGGUGAUCUGGGAUCUUACCGAUAAUCUGACGAUCGAUUCGCACAUCACCGGCAUUCGGUCGCUGUUGUUUACGUUGGCCACGAAAGCUAGUGACAUUCCGCUGGAGUUCGUUUGUCCGAUUACCCACGAGAUUAUGAAGGAACCGGUGUAUGCGGAAGACGGCUUUACCUACGAACGGGCUGCCAUACAGGAGUGGUUCAGCCGCGAGAAGAUCGUCUCGCCCAUGACCAACAUGGUGCUGUCCACCGACGAGCUGGUGGAAAAUGGGAAACUCAAACAGAAAAUCGACGAAUACAUCAAAUCGUUGGAUUUGGAUAAUUUUGAAUAGAAGCAGCCUUUUGUAUGCACACGUUCCACGGUUUCGGCACCAUUCCAUUCCAUAUGGAAGUCUUUUUUAUAGGUACCAAUUUUAUGUGUAUAUAAUACUGUUCGAGUAGCAGUCAAAGUUUGGACAGUUUUAUUUUGUGAUAAUAAUAUAUAACAUGGCAAGCAAUUUGUACCUUCGAAAAAUCUUGCACACAGUAGCUGAGCGAGGGAAGCUUUUAGGUGUUAAUCAGUGUUGGUAGUGUAGAGAAAGAGCCAUUUAUUUGGUCCGUUCAUUUAGAUGUUUUUGUUUGUCCAGACAACACGACAAAUGCGGUGACGGACUUACAGAAUGAAAUGAAGGUGCAGAUAUUUUUUCCCUGUGCUGGGCACGAAAGUAUCGAUAACUGAUUUGUGUAUGUUGGACGGACUUAGAAUAGGUUCUCUCGACAGCGCGUGAUAACGGAACGAACGACGAAAGCCACGAGGGGUUAGCGCGGAGAUGAUGACGAUGAUGCAAUGGUGAAUUAUGACACAUUGCGCGUACUGCCAUGCUGGAUGGAUGAAACAGAGUACGUGCUACAGCAAUGAAAAAAAACUCAAUCUACAAGUGCCUAAACCUUUAUCUUUUUUACUGUAGCGAAGUAAAGAGAAAAAAAAAAAGAUUUGCUAAAUAUAUUUUUAUCUGUCAGAUUUGCUCACGUUAGAAAUACAUACCGAUUUGUAAGUGUGUUUAAGCCUAGUGUAUGUGAGUUCGAUUCUUUGCUCGAUAUCGAUGA